GUUUAAUCGUGACGUGCACAGUUUACAUAGCAACAGUAAACUUCCCUCAACUCCAGCUCAGCUCGGACUCGGGACGAAAGAUGAAGACAACUGAGUGAGUAUCGUCCAGCCAUGUCUGCUGAAAUACCCGUGCAGAGGACAGACCGGAGGACACGCGUGGACUCAGAUCAGUCUCCUGGUCCUGCUGUGGUAGAGCACCAAGAGGACAGACCCAUGUACCUCCACUGUCUCCUGAGCCCUGAUGGUGUUAUCUCCAUCGGACAACACCAGGAUGCCGAGGCCGUAAACACUGUAACUCAGUCCACGCAACACGUUCUGGAUCAUCCACAUGAGGUGGUCCAGCAGCAAAUAGAGCAGAUCCACCAAGUUCUACAGGAGCAGAGCAGACUGUUAACUCUACUGGGACGAGGUCUGACGUUUCCUGCCUGUGUGCCCACAUGGUGGAUUGGCAUGACACCUGUGCUGACUCAUAAGCAACCAGUUUUCCCAGAGUCAUCUCCUCCGCCAGAUCGAAGGAUGCCGGAAAAACAGCCUGUCCUCACAUGCCCCGGCCAGGAUUCACUCACAACAGAGCAGAGACACUUCUCUACCAUCACAGAGACUGAUCAGACUGUACACAGAGAUGGAGACCAGGACCCAGACAGCCCCGCUAACCCUGAAGACAGAUCUGCCGUGGUGACAAACCAGCCCCUCGGGGAGUGUGUAGAGGAGCAGCUGGAAGCACAUGAACUCUCUGAGCCAAAAGAGCUGCAGAACCUUAGUGGGACGAUGACCAAGAGAUGUUACUUCUUGCUGGAGGGCGAGCUUGUUUCCAAGAUAGACAGCAAUGAUUUAAAGAUAACUGAACAGCAGGAGGUCCAGGGGAGGGCUUCCCUCAGCCAGCAACAACCCAGCAGGAAAUUAACCUCUGGUAUCCAGAGGAGCUCCUCUGCCCCAUCUAUGGUCUUUAAAGACGAAGGAACGCAGCUGGAAACCUUCCAGCUUCUGACCUUUCAGUCUGAACAUGGUCGAGAAAACUUUUGCUCUGCUUCAUGUAAUCCUCAGACACCCCAGUACAGCCAGAGAAACACCCAAACAGAAAUUCAGGCCGUGGGCCGCAGCCAAGAACAACCUCAACCUCACUUGCCCCAACCUGACACUGCGCCUUUCCAAAUAACACCAAUCGCCGAUCUUUCGAUAACAGAAGGAGAAGAGAACGUUUGCCAGUUACACGAACGAAACAAGUCCAAAGUGAAAUCCCACCUGGACAAAGACGAGAGCAGCGAUAACCUCCAUUCAGGAGAGAAGGAAUGCAGAAUUAAUCAAUCAUUCCUCAAGCCGACGGCCUCUGUUUGCAUGUCUUUCAGAGAGAAAAGGGUGGGGCACCAAGAAAUGGAAAACAAGACUGAAACCACUGGAAAGAUCGCUUACAGGGACGAGGUGAAAGGUCAGUUUGAAUUCACGGCACCUCAAAAAAAAAUGGUCGCGGGCUCAUCUGGUACCACAACAGUGCAUCAACGGAAACAGUCCCAGCAGCAGAACAGCACACAUGUCUGGAUGCCCAAAUAUCCCAGUGCUGCGCAUGAAUCAAGCUCAGUGCAACAUUUCAACAUUUCCCCCCCUUUGAGGGACAACCGAACUUCCCCUUGGGCCCAGCCAAAUCAGGAAGUUAUUGUUAGUAUUAAGACCGUCAACGACCACAUGAAGAGACUCUCAAGCUUUAACAUGGAAACUCGAUCCACAGGCAGCGAUGAAACAAAAACACAUUUUCAUCUCUGCCAGUGCAGAAAGUCAAGACCAGGAAGCAGCGCAGCCUCAGUGUGGGUCGAAGGUCAAAGACAAGCUACGACAACAACAGCAGCAUUUUGUCUUUGUGCGCCAAACAACACAAGUCAAGCCUCGACACCUCCGAAACGCAGUGCGAUUCCCACGCAUUCCACCACGAGAAGCACUACUAGUAGUGGUAGUAGUAGCGAGGAUGGUGAUAACCCACCCACCCGGUGUCACCAGUUUCCCAAGCUCCCGUCCCCUCCUCCCUGCUGCAGCCUCCAGGAUUUCCAUUCAGAAUCAAAACCAGAGGAAAAUUAUGCCACAAAGAUCCAACAACUAAAAGAAGACCAGCGUCUUGGAUCUGGACUAAGAUCUCAGGAAGAGUCCAACAGAGAUGAUGUUUCUUCGGCAGAACCACAGUUAUUUCUCAAGACUUCAGGCGCAGAAAGCAGAACCAAACAUCUGAGAAACCACAGCGAAGAAACAAGAAACCAAGAACACCUGACAUCCUCAGACUGUAGAUGGUUGGCUGACAGAGGGGGUCAGAAAAUGUUGCAGGUGAACUCACUUAAACCUCAAUCGGAUGUCACAAAAAUGGCACCAACAUCUUGGGGAUUUCACAGAGAACAAGUGGAUCAGAAACGAUGCAGAGAUAGCAUCCUCUCUGACAGAGACGAGCGUCAGACCAUGAGAGGUCAGCACAGUCUGCACAAAGUGGGAUCAGGAGACGUCCAGGUACUCAGGCAGCAGGUGGAGGCCCUUCAGCAGCAGUUUAAGCAGAGAGAGAGUGAUUGGUCCGUAGUUCGAUGCCAGCUGGACGAGCUGAUGAGAGAAAACUCCGAGCUGAGGAAGAAGCUCACAAUUACUCCACAGUGCUGCCCGGUGGUCGGCAGGUGUACUGCACAGACACACACUGUGAACCAGGAGGGACAGACACAGGUGGAGCCACGUCUCUCUCACGGUUGCACCCUGGUGGAUAACGGGACGAGGACAGGAAUGUCCAAAACUGUCACGCUCUUCAACGGAGACAUCAAACACGUCUUGGAAGACGGGAAAGUGGUGUAUUACUACGCCGGUUCACAGAUAACACAAACCACCUACCCGAGUGGUCUGGUGGUCCUUCACUUCCCCAACAAGCAGAUUGAGAAGAGACACCCAGGGGGGAAGAGAGAGAUCUUAUUUCCAGACCAGACCAUCAAGUAUUUGGAGCCCGACGGCAGCGAGAGGACGAUCUUCCCCGAUGGCACCAUCGUUCACCUCUCACCGUCAGGUAAGAAGAUAGUCGACUUCCCCAACGGUCAGAGAGAGAUCCACACUUCCCAGUAUAAGAGGAGAGAGGAUCCCGAUGGGACGGUUAAGACCAUCUACUCCAACGGACGUCAGGAAACUAAGUACGCAUCAGGCAGAGUACGCGUCAAGGAAAAGAACAGAGUCACCAUGUGAUACGUUAAAGGAAUGUGUCUGUAAAUGUGACGUAGUGCAGGGAGGAGAUAUGUUUCCAUUAUGUUUCAACCAGUACGUCACUGAUCAGAGAUUAGAGAAGUUCUCACAUCGUAGAUCAAAGUUUGUAUUUUACCUUCAUGUAGCAAUUAGCUAUUUAUUAACUAUUUGAAUAAAUAAAUAUUAAAUUUCAA